AUGUUAGGCUACAUUGUGUAUGUUCCAUUGUUGUUGAGAAUGGCAAAUGAUGUAGAGGAAAAUCCUGGACCCACAGUAUAUGAUGUGGUUGAUCCAACUAAAACAAUAUGUGCUGAUUUUAGCCAGGGAAAUACAAAAAAGUUUCGACAAAAUGCUGGUAAACAAUGUCUAGCAAUGUCUUUGACUGCGAUAAUAUAUAAUUAUAUCUCAAAUGAAUGCAUGGGAUUCAACUGUAUUAAAUUCCAUACUGUGUGCUGGAAAUAACCUUUAUUCUUUUAUAAACAAUUCUGUUAAGAAAAGCUAUUUGCUUUUGACUGACGUCGACGUGCCUGAAAUGGUUUCGGUUUUUGAUGACAUUUAUUGUAUGCAAUAUGGUGACCCGUUUGCUGGUGACUUAUUCAUGGCAAAUACCGCUCUACCUUAUUAUUCUAUAUCUAACGCUCUUACUAAUCUGUUUGCGGAAACUCAGUUAAAUUAUCAACAUUGUCUGUUGACAAUUGGUUGUAAUACUGUUGCAAUUUUUAAGACGUCUGAAGGAACCUUUAAAGUAUUUGAUUCUCAUUCAAGAGAUAUAUAUGGGAUUCCACACCCUUUUGGAAAAUGCAUAUUAGCAUCUGUUGAUAGUAUAGAAAGCCUGGUGCCUGAUAUAUUUCCAGAGUACUGUACCUCCAGGUAAUGAAACACCCUUCGAAGUUAAAGGAGUAACUGUUCAGUUAAAUUGUGAUAUAACACAAAUAAGCGGACUUGCUUCAAGCGAAAGUGAAAAAGAGCAUGUAAAACAAAAUCGUUCAGAGUUAACUGAGAGUCAGAAACAAAGCAGACUGCAAAAUGCUAGAAAGUAUAAAAAAGCUAAGCAAGCAGCAGAAACUCAACAUGAGAAACAAACCACACUUAAAAAUGCUAGGGAGUGUCAAAAAGCAAAACGAGCUUCAGAAACUGAACAUGAGAAACAAACUAGACUUGAAAAUGCAAGGGAGUAUCGAAAAGGAAAACAAGCUUCAGAAACUGAACAUGAGAAACAAACUAGACUUGAAAAUGCUAGGGAGUAUCGAAAAGCAAAACGAGCUUUAGAAACUGAUCACGAGAAACAAACUAGACUUGGGAAUGUUAGAAAUUAUGAAAAAAGAAAACGAGGACAGGAAACUGAGAUUGAAAAGCAAACUAUAGUUGCCAGUGCUAAUCAGAACAAGAGAAAACGUUUGUGCGCUUCUACUCAAAUUAUAAAUCAGCAGUAUUAUUUAAACAAAUUUGACAUUGAAAAAGAUGGUAGUAUCCAUGAACAGAGUUGGGCAAAAAAUAACAUUAAUAAAUUUUCUAAAUCUGUUGAAUUCUUUAUUAGUCAAUGCACUAUAUGUCAAGAAGCAUGGCCACUUAACUCUAAACCAAGGUCACCUGAUUGUUAUAUAUGCCCUCGAUGUGCUCGAGACACAAAAUCUCCUAGAAAGUUUUCACUUGAAAAUGCAAUGAUUCCUUCUCCAGUGCCAACCGAGUUACAAAAUUUAACUCAAGUAGAGGAAGUGUUGAUUGCUCGUGCUCUUCCUAUCAUGAGAGUUUACAUUAAGCCUGGCCGACAACGAGGUUACUCAGGUCAUUGUGUUAAUUUGCCACAAAAUGUUAAGGAACUUGCAACAUCAUUGCCAAGAUAUCCCAAAGAUUUGUCUGUGAUUAUUGUCAAAGUCAAGGGUAAAGAUAACUCAUUUAGAGAUGUUGCUGUGAGAAGAGAAAAAGUACAUAAUGCAUUAUUAUGGCUUGUACAAAAUAAUCCUCAUUAUGCCAAAUUACAAAUUAAUGAACAUGCAUUAAACUCUUUACCUGAAAAUGGCAUUCCAGCAGAUCUCAUGACAGUUGAGACUGAAAAUGAAAUAAUCCCAAAUGAUGAUGUUAUGUCAGAUUUAGGUCCACCUACUGAACACCCUUCUGAAGAUAUAGUUUAUAACAACUCGACAGACAUGAAUAGUUUCUUGCCUGUUGGUGAACAGCAGGGACAAGAAAUAGAAGCAGUUAGAAAUCAGCUUUCUGCAAAUGAACCAAUGCCAUGGCCCACUAUUGAAAGUGAACCCGCAUUGAAUGAAUAUCAGAUAUCACAUCUCGCCACUAUGGCUUUUCCAACAUUAUUUCCAGAUGGGAAAGGUGAUCCCACUAAUCAAAGUAUCUUGAAGGAUGUUCCUCUUCAAGAAAGAAUUAAGCAUCUUUUGAAAUUUGUUGAAUUUACUGAUGGUAAAUGGGUAUACCGUUUUGCUAACCACCCUAGAUUUUCAUACUGGGCAUUUAAUAUGAUUCACAGAAAGCGUAUUCUACAACAAAGUGGAAUAUUCAUUAAACAAAAUCCAGGUGAAGCACACCUCACUAUUGAUGAGCUACGUGAAAUGGCUGCAAGUGACAACUCCACUUUAUUGAUGUCCAAAGUGUCCAGAUACAUUGGCAAUAUUGCAGGUACUAAUGUUUACUGGAAUAAAGUAAGAGAGGAACUGAAAGCUAUAAUAACUAAUGUUGGAGCACCAACAUUGUUCUUUACUUUCUCAUCAGCAGAUAUGCACUGGCCUGAAUUACACGCUCUCUUUGGAGCAAACACUGGUAAUGCCACUAGUGAGGAAAGGAGACAAAAUGUUAUUAACAAUCCACAUAUAGUUGAUUGGUUCUUUACACAGAGACUAGAAAAGUUUGUAAAACACUGGCUUUAUGAUACACUUGGUGCAAAAUGGCACUGGUUUAGAUAUGAAUACCAAGGUAGAGGUAGUAUCCAUUGUCAUGGUACUGCUAAACUACAUAAUGACCCAGGUUUGUGUCAACUUACUCAGACUGCUUUGAAAGGUUUCUUAGCUCAAAAAUUUAAAAAUGAAAAUGAUUGCUCUGACACAACUGAACAGGACCAGGAUAUUGAAGCUGGUCAGAAAGCAGCUGACACAGUAUGUCAGUAUGUUGAUUGGUUAUUAUCAACUGUCAAUCCUAAUCCAUGCACCAGAUGAGGAUAUGUGGAUAAGACCUGAGGAUCAUCCAUGUCUAAAAAGUCAUCACGACAUUCCUGAACAUGAAAAACAAUCAGAUUAUGUAGAUCUAUUAAACAUGGUUCAACGACACACUCGUUGUAGUACAAGUUAUUGUCUUAGAAAGAAGUCAAAUGAAACAGAGUUGAAAUGUAGAUUUCACUUCCCUUUUGAUAUUUGUCCCAAGACAAAAUUAGAAUUUGAAAAAAUUCAUACCUCAGGUGAUAAUGAGCAUUAUCGAGCUAAGAUUGUGACUAAACGAAAUGACUCUAGAUUAAAUAACCAUCAACAACUUCAGCUCCAAGGAUGGAGAGCUAACUGUGAUAUUCAAGUUGUUAUUGAUCACUAUACUUGUGUUGAAUAUCUCACAAAAUAUGCAGCUAAAGGUGAGCCAAGAUCACCUAUAUUGAAACAGGCAUUCAAUUCUAUUGUGCAAAAUGUCGACAGUAAUACUGACCCUCAUAGAGUUAUUAAGAAGGUAGUUAUGAAAUCUCUUGGUGAAAGAGAUUAUGCAGCUCAAGAGACAAUGCAUCAUUUGUUGUCAUUAAAACUCCACAGCUCAUCCUUUAAAGUGAUGCCAGUUAGUUUAAAUGGUUCACGUAGAGUGCGUGAUACUGCAAGUAUUGACGAGGGUGAAUCAUGCACCGAUUAUUCACUUCUUGAUGUGUAUGCCAAUCGUGAACAAUAUGACAGUUCACAAAAUAUAAUAAAUAUGAACUUUGUUCAAUUUGCUACAACUUACAAAGUUGUUAACAAUGAACUGACAAAAUUGCCAGAGAAUAUUAUACCACGAAUAUUUCCAACAUAUUCUCCUAAUCCCAAAGGUCCAAAUUUUGGUCUUUAUUGUAAAUAUCAACUUUUGAGGUAUAAACCGUGGAGAGCAACCCAAAAUAAUGCAUGGGGUGACCAAGAACCAACUGACGAGGUUCUGAUCAAUUGUUGGCAUGAAUUUUUACAAACACCUUAUGGUCAGUCUAAUGUCCCAGACUGGUUUGAUAAAUUACAAACUGUCAUUGAAAGUCAGGAAGCAGAAGAUGAACCUGAAGAACAAAAGACAACUCGAGAAGAGUGGAUGAUAUUAUCAGACCUCAACACUCCUUUUGACAACUCUGAACAAACACCAGAGUCCACAUGUGACUGGCAUCUUGACAGAGCCAAUUAUUCAGAACAACAAAUUCAAGAAAUGCCAACAUGGAUAAAAAUAAACAAAGAGGAAUACACUGUUGAUGAACAAUAUGAUGUUGUUGACAUCAACAGUUUUAGCGAAAUGCAAAAACUUGCUUAAGACAUUGUUAAGUCUCAUUUUGCUGAUACGUCAUCUGAGAAAGAACCAUUAUGUCUCAUUAUAAAUGGUGUUGCAGGAACUGGUAAAAGUUACCUUAUUAAUGCUAUUAGAAAUCUUUUGCAAAGUAAAUGUGCUGUUACUGCUACCACAGGUAAAGCAGCUUAUAAUAUUAGAGGUGUAACUGUGCAUUCUCUAUUAAAGUUACCUAUAGGAUCAAGAGGUAAAAAAGCCCUGACAGGACAAAGCUUGUGUAGGUUACAAGAGAGUGUUAAUAACAUUGGAUACAUCAUUAUUGAUGAAUACUCCAGGCUUGGCCAAGUUACUUUUGGUUGGAUAGACAAGCGUUGCAAACAAGCAACUGGUUAUAAUGAAAAAGUAUUUGGAGGAAGAUCAUUGAUUUUAACUGGUGAUCCAGGUCAAUUGCCACCAGUAGCAGAUAAACCUCUUUACCAUGCUAAACCAUCAAACGCUAUUGGUGAACAAGGUCAUCAAGCAUAUCAUAUGUUUGACAACAGUGGCGUGCUGGGUACUAUUUGUCUGGGGGGGGCCAGUCGGCUGGCAACUAAUAUGCGCCCCUAUAAUAUUACCCUUGAUAAACGAGGGCCGAUGGCACGAGCCGAACGCCGCAGGUGCGAGGUUUGUCUAGGGGGGUCCGGGGGCAUGCCCUCCAGGAAAAUUUUUGAAUUUAGAGUCUCUGAAAUGCCAUUUCCUGGACUUUGGGGGAAGAUUUGACAGAAAUCUGAUGGUCAGGAAACGGCAUUACAACGUGUCGAAAUUUGAAAAUUGGUUAGAAUUUAGUAGUAGCACUUAAAUUGGGCAAUGCUAACUACUUCCACAAAUUAAUCUAAUCACAAUUCUAUUCUCUACUGAUCUGAAUACAUUUACAACUUACAGCUCUUUUAUACAAUAACACAAGGACCCCACGCAUAUGCAUUUUAAGGUUUCCUUUGCCUGGCUGCCAAAAGGGCGUGUUUCAUCAUUAUCUCAUUACUUACAUUACUCAUAAUGUUUCUUGCGCAAACAAUUAAAUUGCGUACACAACUUUACAUUAUCAUACUUCAACUAUCUAAUUUGCGCCGCUCUCGUGAUUCGUGAAGCAUAAUAAAGGGCAUAAUAUAAGGGUAUAAUACCAGCAAAAAAGGGCAUAAUUCCCGUGAUCGCUUCGAAGCCUGGUCAAUAUUCCGGUAAUGAGACAUUGCGUGUGAUCACUGAUCAUGUUUCUAUAUGAACGAGUGAUUUCGUGUGAGUCGUGAGGUAGCAAAUACGGUUGGACAAAAUAGUCUGCAAUUUAAUAUACUCACUUUGUCGCCUAUGCGCUUAGUCUGUUUAUAAGUCUAUAAACACAUCUUUCCUUGGAGGAAUUCGUAAGUAAUUUUUUCGAAUGCGUUUCUUCCCACCUACUUUCAAAAUUCGGCGCCCCCUUUUCAUUUCUGCGCCCCCCAAAAAUUGCCAGCUGGGGGGGCCGUAACCACCCGGCCCCCCCUGCCAGCACGCCACUGUUUGACAAAGUUGUCAAACUCACUGUAAAUCAACGUGUGCAAGGUAUGACAUCUGAGCAAGUACAGUUCAGAGAUUUGUUAUUGCGACUUCGCAAAGGCGACUCAACUGUUGAUGACUGGAAAUUACUUCUGACACGCCAACCAUCAAAAUGUCACUAAUUUAUGUGACUUUGAAGAUUCUACUAGACUCUUUUAUAGUAAUGAACAAGUUGGUAAUUACAACCAUGAGCAGCUAACAAAACUUGAGCAUCCAAUUGCUCAUAUUAAUGCACGACAUUCAUCUGCAUUGGCCAAAAAGAUAUCCUCAGAUGAUAUGUCUGGGUUAGAACCCGUUGUGUUUCUAGCAAAAGGUGCUAGGGUCAUGUUAACCAUGAAUUUGUGGUCAAGUGUUGGCCUCUGUAAUGGGGCUACUGGCACAGUUGUUGAUAGUAUCUAUCAGAACAACCAUCAACCUCCUGACUUACCUAUUGCGGUAAUAGUAGAAUUUGAAAACUAUAGAGGACCUGUUUUUAAUGAAAACCAACCAUUGUGUAUCCCAAUAAUUCCAAUCACUGUCGCAUCACAGACAGAAAUAGGUUUCCAUGAGAGGCAACAGUUACCUCUUAGGCUUGCUUGGGCUCUAACAAUACACAAGAGCCAAGGACUCACACUUCCAAAAGCAUGGAUAGAUAUUGGCAAAUCUGAAAGAACUGCUGAAGUUUCUUAUGUUGCUAUUAGCAGAGUAAAAUCACUUGCCUCUUGUGUCAUUGAACCAAUGACGUAUGAACGAUUAACAAGCUUGAAAUCGUCAGCCAACUUACAAUAUAGGCUUGAAGAAGAAAACAGGCUAGAUCAGUUAGCACAGGCUACUAGCAGUGCAUUCAGAACAACAAACUAUUGA